AUGAAUGUAGAGCAAAUCAGAGAGUUAUUAACGUCUUUGGCCGUCUUAAACCAGCAAGGAGAAAUCCCAGUUCAAGCUUAUUGUAUGUUAGUUGGGAAUCAUUCUCCUGAACUUCUAGCUGAUCAACUUCACCAACGAUGGCUGUCAGAUGAGAAAUUCGUUAAUAUUGCUGCGAAUAUUGUUCUUCACAUUCACAAGGCUGAUAAGAAGAACAUGGCCCUUCCUUCGGCUACAUUAGCUCUGCUGCUCAAUGAUUAUCGCAACAGAUUAGAAGUUCGAUCGAAGUCCGCACAGAUGUUUCGGAACAGCGUUAGAACCCUUUUCGACAUGUACCCUAUCUAUGAGAAAAUUGAUGAAUACGUGUGUCAGUGCUUCAUAAAACCCAUGUUCAAAUCACUUGAUAUGCUUAUUGAUAACAAUCCAGAACCGCAGGAUAUUGAGACAAUGGCUGUUCUAUUGACAAGACAUGGCAAACGAUUAAAUGAGCUUAACUCAUUCUGGAUUGAUAAUCUCAUCACCAAAAUUAGAGCCAAACUCUGCUCAGAUGAUCCUGCUAUAAGCAGUGAUCUACGUCGUAUCUUACUACAUGUCCAUGAUCUGUGGUCUUUUGGUUGGAAUGAGCUGUUGAUCCCAGAGAUUCUCACGACGAAUUAUACAGAAGAAACACCAUCAGAAUUGCCUAUUCAAAGAAAACGAGAAGAACAGAAAACUGAGUUUUUCAAACCGUAG